AUGGUUCCGCCAGAAGGAUAUCAAAUAAGGGUUUUCUCAAUCGCCUUGUGCUAUAUUGUCGCGACCAUGGCAAGUUUUCAAGCCUUCACGAUGAUUGCCCCAGGAGCGGCGCUUGGUACAAGAUGCUCCACUCGGACAUUCUUUGCGAUUUUGCUUUCUUUCUUUUGCUUGAAAGAAAAGAUUCUCAAGUUGGAGAUAUUCUCCGUCGUUUUCUGUACGAUCGGAUUGAUUUUCUACGCUGGCGAUUCGAUGACUAGGAACAUGGAUGUCAAUAAUGGAUCUUCUCUUCCUCAAAAUGUCAUCACAGGUCUAGGCUUCGGUCUUUGCGCCGUCGCUGGGCUUUCAAGAAGUAUUGGAAUGACGAUGUAUCGGAAAAUUAAAGUCGAGAUCGAUCCAGUCACGAUCGUGCUUGUGCACUCUGUGAUGACUGUAAUCGCCGUCAUUCCGAUUAUGCUCGAGUUUGAAAGCUUCAGUUUACCGAAAACCUCAUCUGGCUGGGUUUACUUGGUUGGUGCUUGUUGUUCGGCGACUAUCGCUACUUUCUGCAGCAAUUGGUCCCUACAGUAUAUCAACCCUGGACUCGCUUCUGUCGCACAGAAUACUGACAUCAUAGUUUCGGUAACAUUAGAACAUUUGGUGAUUAAAACGCUCCCGUCUGGAUUGGAAAUCGCCGCAGUUAUUUUUGUUUUACUCGGGACAACUUCAUUACCACUUUUCCGAUACUGGGAAUCGCUCAAGAAGGAGCGCGAGGACGAAGAUGAAGAUGCUAAAGCCCUUCUUAAAUAA